UGGGAGCUCGCAUUCCCCAAGGCUUCCACGAAAGAGAAGGAAGAUGUGGCUGCUGUCCUUUAUUGUUGCUUUGUCCGUGCUGCUUUUCCCAGUCCAGCCCGAGCCCACAGUGGGGCCGAGAGGAAACCGGCCCGUCGAGCAUGCUUACAAAAGCGAAGCAUGCACAACUGAGAAGAACUGGCCUUUCUGUACAGAUGAAGACUGGGGUCCCAAAUGUCCUUCUGGCUGUAGGAUUAAUGGGAUCUUAGACCAGACUGACCGAGAGCUCCUAAGUAAAAUUGACAAGAUUCGCAGGUUUUUAGAGGAGAACCGCAGGAACUACAAGACGACGGAUCAGGUCAGCAAGCAGACCUAUGACUAUAUCCGGGAGAAGCUGCUCACCGAUGCUGGCCACGACAAUAGGUUCAAGUCACUCGCCGAACAGCUCCGUGAAAGAAUUCUGACCCUGAAGGUGAGAAUUGACCAGCAACUGAAAAUUCUGGAAGCUUUGAAAACUCGAGUGCGGGAGCAGGUUAAAGAGUCGGAGAGAACAGAGGUUGACAUCGAUAUAAAGCUUCGGUCUUGCAAAGGAUCAUGUGCCGGCUAUGCGGAAUACAGGGUGGACAAAGAGAGUUAUGUCACCCUGGAGAAACACCUCAGUAGCUUGGAGGCCAUGAAGCUACAGAACGUAGAGACCGUCAGCACGCUGAAGUUGAUGAAGAGCAGGGUGAUGAAAGACGUGAUCGUGCCCAGCCACUUCAAGGCCGGGGCGGCGGACGGAGGGGAGCAGAAACAGGACUACUUCUCGGAUGUCGGGCAGGUGAAGUUUACACUGGAGCUCCCGACCUCCAGCCAAUCGGCAGCUGCCAGUGUUAGUAAGACCUCAGGUACGGCUCAACAAACAGCUUCCGGCGCCGCCUCAGGCUCCACCUCUCACAUCACCACUCAAACUGUGCAGUGCACCAGAACCAUUCGAAAACAAGUCACACACACCAAAGACGGCCCUGUGGAAAAAGUUGAGGUAAUCGGGGGUGGUCCCGGGUGCGAAGGGCUGGAUGAUAGUACACUGAUUAACAUGGCCAAAACAGGGAAAGAGAUCACCGGAGACGGCUACACGGUCAAACUGAGCAGUACCGGUGGUGACGUAACCAGCAUGUUCUCUGAAAUGGGGAAACCCUCAAAGUCCAUCACCCAGAUGGGCCGGGGUGAUGACGAGUUUUUUAGCGAGUUCGACAGCAUGCUGUCCUCAGCCAACUCUAAGAGCACCACAGGCGGGUCAAGCAAGACGGUUUUUAAGUCAAGCACUAAAACUAUAAUGGGGGAUGAUCUUGGGGCCUUCCAACACAUGGACAUGGAGGAUGACCUGCCAGACAUCCACGCACGCAGCUUCAAGGGCUCCCAGGACCGAAAGAAGAGGGAUUAUAUUGGAAAAGAUUGUCUCGAUAUCCUCCAGAAGCAUGCGGCAGGACAUAAAAGCGGCCUGUUCAAAAUUAAACCCGAGGGCUCAGACGAUGUAGUGCAGGUCUACUGUGAUCAGGACACAGUGCUCGGAGGCUGGGUCCUGGUGCAGCAGAGAAUGGACGGGUCCAUUAACUUCAACCGGACCUGGGACAACUACAAGGAAGGCUUUGGAAGUGUAGAUGAGCAGGGACAUGGGGAGGUUUGGCUGGGGAAUAAGUACCUGCACUCCCUCACCCAGGGUGAGAGCAUGCUGAGGGUGGAGCUGGAGGACUGGGAUGGGCGAGACUCCUAUGCUGAGUACUCCAUCAGUUUAGGGUCAGAGUCUGAGGGCUACCCCCUGAGCGUCUCAGCUUACGUCGGGGAUGCCGGGGAUGCUCUGGUGAAGGGGUCAGCCAAUCUGGGUGCAUUCCUCUCUCAUGCCGACAUGAAAUUCAGCACAUAUGACAGGGAUCAGGACAAGUGGGAGGAGAACUGCGCCGAAAUGUACGGAGGGGGCUGGUGGUACAACAACUGCCAGUCGGCCAACCUCAACGGCAUCUAUUACAGAGGAGGGCAGUACGACCUGGGCAGUAACACUCCCUACGAGAUUGAGAACGGUGUGGUGUGGCUGACAUUCCGGCCGGCGGACUACUCGCUAAAAACUGUCAGAAUGAAAAUACGACCAGUCGACGUCAUGUGAUCAUCUGUGAGCCUUUAGAGGAUGAAUGUGCAAAUACCUCAUGAGAUAAAUGUACAAAAAUCUCCAAAUACAGCCAUGUAACUCCAAGCAGCUUGUUAAUAAAGCCAUGUUUUCACA